GUUGAAUACAUACCCAUACAUAAAAAGUUGGCAACCAGCUAACCGCGUUUUCUAGUCUACAAACAUAAAGAUGUUUGUUAUAAAAUGCUUGCAACAAUCCCCGCAAAGUUGGACGCUGCGAUAUUCCACUUUGUGCAGUCCCUUGGCAGAAAUGUUAACCAAUCCAAGCAGCUGACAAAGCGGCCUUGGGUAACUUGGUUAUCUGUGUCAAUGGGGUGCUGGCCGUUGCGCAUGUCAUAUGUGCGCAAAGGGCUUCGAUGUUUUCGAAGGGCUAUGUCACAUCGCAAGAAUCGACCUCUGGAAUGUCGAAUUACAUACAUCUAGCUCUGCUCACGCUUCUGAUUCACCCUCAAAAUUUCAAGAAGUUAAAUCCUUUUCGCCACUAGCUGCUUUCAUCCAAGGUCCCAUGCUUCUGGUCCUUCCUGUUCUCUUUGCCUUGGGUUCUUCCUUUCCCAUAGCCACCAUCCAUUUUCAAGACAAUCGAAACCACAUCGGAAUGGCUUCCACCGUCUCAUGUGAUGCUUACCUAGCAACUCCGACCGAACAGACCGUCUUCAGCUUCGAUGUCCCUAUUAGCUCGGAGACCGAGACCGUUGCUGUUCUCAAGCGCCGAGUCACCGAUCAAGUCGAAAGAAAAAAGGCUACUCUUCUGGGGAUGUACGUUGGCGAUAAGCAGAUCGAUAGCACGGAGCAUGAACAUUCUACGCUAUUGAAAGACAUAGUGCCAGUCGAGGCGCUCAGAAAAAUCCGCUGCAAGGUCGAAAUGAAGACUGCCGACGUCAAUUCUGACAGAAUUAUAGCUGGAUCCGGCGCUGUUUUAGGAGCGGUGGCUAGUCCAUUCCUCACUCAAGCAUCCAUUGCAGCGGCGGGGUUUGGUGCCCAAGGCAUCGUCGCCGGAACACCUGCUGCUGCUCUUAUGGCGUCCUACGGGGGCUCGGUUGGAUCCGGAAGCGCCUGCGCGAUUCUUCAAAGCAUCGGAGCUGCAGGUCUCGGGGUAGGCGGUGUUGCAGUUGCGGCGGGUGUGGGGGGCUUUCUCGCAUACCAGGGCGCUCGUAGGCUGGUAGGUCAGCGCUCACCCCAUAGCAACAAAGGCGAAGAUAACCAACAGGCGUCCCAAGGGGCUGAGAAUGGGACCGAAAGCAGUAAAGACGUAGACGACCAACAGGCGUCUCCGAGUGCGGAGAAGAAGAAACCUUCCGGAACGUCGCUGGCCCCAGGACCAGAAGAAAAAUCACCUUCACUCCUCUAGUCUCGCCAGCAUAGUGAUGUUUUUGUGUAGAAUUUCCCCACCCUAUAUACCGCUUCAAAUUUUGCGCAAGUGAAGUAACCACAUCACACCCACUUGAUCGCAAUCCAUAGGUGUCACAAAUUAGUUUUAUGGGUAGACCUGGCUGGUUGAUGAAUUUCCUUUCCUAAUUAAUUCUCAUGCCUUUGCCUUGGCAGGGAAAAAAACUGAGAAGCUCUUGAUUGAUUUUCAGAGAAUUCAAACUUGAAAAAAAAAAAUCGUUUAAGUUAGGGUCAAUUUAGUAUGAGGUUUGAUUGAGUCAUAAGAUAAUGGAAGUAAAACAACACAAAAAACGAUGAGAAAUCUUACAGGGAAAGGAAGACACAUUGUAA